GAUGCGACCAGUUGUGCGUCAUUACUAUGUGACAACUGACAGAGAAGGACCCUGAACGCUGUAACAUUAGGACGAGGGCUAAUGUAAACUUUAAUGAGCGCGUAUUUAAAACCAAAGAUUCUAUAAAAAAUAAAAGUGUAUCCGAGAAACCUCGAAACGUAUGUGGACUUAAGACUCUAUCAAUGCUGCCUCGCCACAGAAGAGAGGAGUUUUCCUUCUGAGCUGGUAAAACUGGCUGGCUAAUUUAGCAAGCUAACAGCUAAAGCUGAUACAGCUGCGCAGAUUCGUCUCAAAGAAAACACUCACUGACACUACCCAGUCAAGUCUCAUUACCUAUUUCUUACCCAAAUAUAUCUUGGAGAGUGGAAUGGGCCGACUCUACCAAACUUUGAUUGCUGACUACUGCUAACUGCAACAUAAGGAAGAGCCACAAUGAAGAGAAGAGCUGAUACAAACUCGGCACAGCUGCAGGGGUCAAAGAGGCGCCGUGAUGACGGCAGCUCAGAUGAAGGGUCACGAUUAUCCGGACAAGACUCUAGCCAAAAUGACUCCUUCAGUGACCAGGAGGAUCACAGACCAGGAUUCUCCACCUCCUCCAUAUCAUCCUUUAAUGCCCAAGACACAGAUGCUCCCACAGAGACGGCCUCCAACUUCUCUUUGUACAACAGUGUGUCUCAGAAGUUAAUGGCUAAGAUGGGUUUCCGUGAGGGUGAAGGUCUUGGGAAGUUUAGUCAGGGACGCAAAGAGAUCGUGGAGACCUCUACCCAGCGAGGCAGAAGGGGUCUUGGCCUCACACUGCAGGGCUUUCAGGGGGAGCUCAAUAUUGACUGGGAGGAUGAACCAGAGCCCAGUGCUGUAGAGAAAGUAGACUGGUUCCCAGAAUGCACCACAGAGAUCCCAGAUGCAGAUGAGCUGAGGGACUGGAUGAAACUGGGAGAGAGAAAACUUAAGAUUGAGGAUGAGACAGAGUUUUGCACUGAAGAUCUCCUGCACACUCUUUUAAGGUGUAAGACAAUAUUUGAUGACCUAGAGGGUGAGGAAAUGAGAAGAGCACGGACACGCUCCAACCCUUACGAGACAAUCAGGGGAGGUAUCUUCCUCAACAGAGCAGCUAUGAAAAUGGCUAACAUUGAUCACUGCUUUGACCAUAUGUUCACCAACCCAAAGGAUUCACAAGGGAAACCUCUGACAAAGGAUCGUGAGGGCGAGCUUCUGUACUUUGGUGACGUUUGUGCAGGGCCUGGAGGCUUUUCAGAGUACAUACUGUGGAGGAGGCGCUGGCACGCCAAAGGCUUUGGCAUGACACUGAAAGGACCCUGUGACUUCAAACUGGAAGAUUUCUAUGCAGCGCCAAGCGAGCUGUUUGAGCCUUAUUAUGGUGAAGGAGGAGUGGAUGGAGAUGGUGACAUCACUCGACCAGAAAACGUGACAGCCUUUCGAAACUUUGUUUUGGAGAAUACUGAUAGAAAAGGACUGCACUUCCUCAUGGCAGAUGGAGGUUUCUCUGUGGAAGGCCAGGAAAAUAUCCAGGAGAUUUUGAGUAAACAGCUGAUGCUCUGUCAGUUCCUCACAGCCCUUUCUACACUCAGGCCAGGUGGCCACUUUAUCUGUAAGACUUUUGACCUCUUCACACCAUUCAGUGUGGGUUUGGCCUACCUGCUCUACCUCUGCUUUGACAGGAUCUCUCUCUUCAAACCUGUCACCAGCAGACCUGCCAACUCUGAGAGGUAUGUAGUGUGCCGUGGUCUGAAGCCUGGUUCAGACGCUGUCAGGGAAUACAUGUUCAAAAUCAAUCUGAAACUCAACCAGCUGAGGAAUACAGAUUCAGAUGUUACAGAUGUGGUUCCUUUAAGAAUCAUCAAGGAAGAUACUGACUUCUACCAGUUUAUGGUCAACUCCAAUGAGAGCCUCUGUGCAGUUCAGAUCAAGGCCUUGGCUAAGAUCCGCGCUUAUGUCAAAACUGCUGUUUCAUUCUGUCAUUCCAAUUCAACAUGUUUUAUUUAUUCCCAGGUCCCAGACAAAGCCAGAGUUGCUCCUUCAUCUUCAGACCCAAAGUCAAAGUUCUACGAACUGAUCAAGAAUUCAGAUGUGGAGUCGUUCCAGUGUAAACUCACUCUUCUCAACUCCAGCACACUUGAUAAGUUGCGUCAUAUCCUGGACCACAGGUGCAUUGUGGGAGGUGGAGAGCAGAUCUUCCUUCUAGCACUGGGGAAAUCUCAGAUCUACACAUGGGAUGCAAAAACACCUGUGCGUUGGAAGAAACUGGAGAAUUUCAAGAUGGAGCUGCCAAGAGAUACACUUCUAAGUGUGGAGAUUGUCCAAGAGCUGAAGGGCGAGGGCAAAGCUCAGCGAAGAAUCAGUGCAGUUCAUGUGAUGGAUGCACUAAUAAUAAAUGGCACUGAUGUAAGAGAUCAGCAUUUCAACCAACGGAUACAGAUGGCUGAGAAAUUUGUGAAGGCGGUGGCCAAACCGAGCAGACCAGACAUGAACCCUAUCAGAGUGAAGGAGGUUUACAGGCUGGAGGAAAUGGAGAAAAUAUUUGUCCGACUAGAGAUGAAGAUAACGAAAUGCUCAGGAGGAACCCCUCGUCUGUCCUACACUGGCAGAGAUGACCGACACUUUCUCCCCACAGGCCUCUACAUCAUUAAAACUGUCAAUGAACCAUGGACAAUGGGGUACAGUAAGAAAUCCAUGAAGAAGUUCUUCUUUAAUAAGAUGACCAAUGAGUCCACCUAUGAAAUGCCACCAAACUCUGCUGCUCCCUUCCAUGUCUGCCACUCUGAGCGGCUCUUCUGGGAGUGGGUGGACGGAGUCAUAGUUCACGAUUCUCAGACUCGGAAAGACCCGGAGAAACUGUCCAAAGACCGUGUUUUGUCCUUUAUCCACCAGAAUCACCAGCUCUGAAACUCUCACUGAGCCCAGAGCUCCACCAGCUGCAACCUGAACACAGCAUGCACUCGAUUAUGGAGGACAUACAGCCAGUGACAACAGAACUCCUUGUAAGCAGUGGUGGUUGGACAAACCACUCUGUCUUUCUGCCUUUUCUACUGCCGUUGGUUCUGUGAGUUGUUAUAAAUAAGAAUCGCCUCAGAGUGCAAUAUGGAAACAAGAAGUUGCUUCCUUUGUCUCUCCACAGAAUUGCAUGUCCCUGGAGAUCGAGUUUUUACAAUUCCUAGUCCAUGCCAUGCUUAUGUGUGUUUGCUUAUGUCACGUUAGCAAUGAUAGGGUUUAAAAUGUUGAACUAUGCAUCCAUAUCUGUAAACACAUUCUUGCUUGCCUUGCUCUACACCUGUUUUAAACACAGCUUCUCUGCUUGUCAUUUCUGUAGACUGUUGUCUUACAGCUUACUCCUGCAAAUGAGUAGGUGGAGCCUAAAUACAAGAAACAUGCUGAUCAUGUUCUAACUUAUUGUCACCAUUAUUUCAACAUUCAUAUCAUUUACAAAUGUAGCAGCUUUUUCCCAUUCAUCCCGAUCUGUCUGUGUGUGUGUGUGUGUGUGUGUGUGUGUGUGUGUGUGUGUGUGUGUGUGUGUGGCCUGGUAUUACUCAUGUUGUGGGGACAAAUCUUUUUACACAGUCGUACUGUUGGGACUUGGUGUCCUUAUGGGGACAAAAAGUGAGUCCCCAAAUCAUAAAUAAUAAAAUUUUAGAGUGAUAACUUGGUUUAAUGUUAUGGUCUCCAGGAAAAGAAUGUCAAUAUAAUGUCCCCUGAAAUGAUGGAAACAGGUGUGUGUAUGUGUUAAAAAUCAGGAAGGUGUCUUGUUCGGUUUUAAGUUGUGAGUCCUCAUUUCUUCCGGAUCGGGCUGCAAGUCGGUUAUUUUUCUCUUGUAAAGUUAGUUCCUUUUGAUGUAAAUAAUAAUAAUGACAUUGUAAAUAAAUGGUAGAUGCUCAUCUAAGAACGUACUCUCCACUGCCUGAUGAAUUUUGAUUUGGGGGCGACUGUGGUUCAGUGGGUAGAGC